UUUAUUGCUCCUGCUCCACUUUACUUGCGCAUUCGGCUUCUUCUAACUUUUUCAGAUCAGAAGCUUCGGGACUUUUUCACGGCGGCGAUUCAAGUCGGAGAAGAUGAAGAUCUUCGUGAAGACUCUCAAGGGGACUCACUUCGAAGUCGAAGUCAAGCCUCAGGACUCGGUUGCUGAUGUGAAGAAGUCGAUAGAAACUUCUCAAGGUUUGGAUGUAUAUCCUGCUACACAACAGAUGCUAAUCCAUCAAGGAAAAGUACUUAAGGAUGGGACGACAUUGGAAGAAAACAAAGUUGUGGAGAAUAGCUUUGUUGUGAUAAUGUUGACGAAGAGUAAGAGCUCAUCCAGUGAGGGCUCAAGUGCGUCAACUGCAACUACGACUAAUGCACCACAGCCCAGUACACCUUCAGCUGCUCCAACUGCAACAUCCGCGACACCUCAGGCUCCUGUCUCAACAUCAGCACCGCCGGCAUCUGUUACCACGCCAGCUCCUGUCUCUUCGGCCACAACAGAUUUAGAUUCCUAUGGCCAAGCAGCAUCUGAUCUAGUAGCUGGAAACAACUUGGAGGGAACAAUUCAGCAAAUUCUGGAUAUGGGUGGAGGAACCUGGGACAGGGAUACUGUUGUACGUGCUCUUCGUGCUGCGUUCAACAACCCAGCUAGAGCAAUUGAUUACUUAUAUUCAGGUAUCCCUGAGCAACCUGAAGCUCCUGUAGCUCGUAUCCCUGUGAGUGGCGAUGCUGCAAACCUUCCAGCACAACCUCCUCAAUCAGCACAGCCAGCAUCCACUCCUUCAACAGGACCUAAUGCCAAUCCUUUAGACCUCUUUCCACAGGGCCUUCCGAACCUAGGUGCUGGAGCUGGUGCGGGGGCGGGUGCGGGUGCGGGUAAUCUUGAUUUUCUGCGUGACAGCCCACAGUUCCAAGCCUUGCGAGCUAUGGUGCAAGCUAAUCCACAAAUAUUGCAGCCUAUGCUUCAAGAGUUGGGAAAACAAAAUCCUCAGCUUGUAAGGUUAAUUCAACAACAUCAGGCUGACUUCCUUCGCCUAAUUAAUGAACCUGUCGAAGGAGGAGAAGGGGAUGUGUUGGGACAACUGGAUGCAGCAAUGCCACAGGCAAUAACUGUCACUCCCGAGGAGCGUGAAGCCAUAGAACGUCUUGAAGCAAUGGGCUUUGAUAGAGCACUUGUAUUGGAGGUGUUCGUUGCCUGCAACAGGAAUGAAGAAUUGGCUGCAAACUAUCUCUUAGAUCACAUGCACGAGUUUGAGGAUUGAUCAAAGGUAGAUCAGUGGUUCAACCCCCUCCAUCAGAAAAGGAGGAUAGGAAAAAUCUAAGUACCCCUUCUUCUCGUGGCUUCCUUCAUUUUCUAAUUUUAUUGCAUCUUCUCACAUUUAGCUGUUUUUGAAGUUUGGAGCUUCGGUGAUAUGGAUUGUCAAUAGAAUUGUUUAUUGUCUAUAAUGAACAAUAGUCUUCAUACUCA